CGGACAGGCAGCAAUCUACCAACGGAGCGAGUCCCCAGUGCCUAGGUCCCUUUAAAUAGGGCCGGCCGGUUUCCAGUCAACAGUGCGGCCAGAGCUGGCGCUGCACUGCAGAGGCUCUGCCCAGAGCGGGCCGGCAGAGUCUAGGCGGCAGGCACCGAAAGAGGGGCUGCCGCCUGCCGGUGGUGGCCGGCUCCGGGGAAGAGGGGACAAGGCUCCCCAGACCGCACCCACACUUCCAGCUGGAGAAGGAGAACACCAAUAAUCGGUCCUCAGGAAGGAUCGAACUCUGGCCCUUGCACUCUUCUCAUUCUGUACAGGAAUUGGAAGAGGUGCCUAAAGAAAUGGAUGCUCAAAGAAAACACUGGGAGGAGAAUAUGUUUGUGCCUCUCGUUGAUGCAAAGAAUGUUCCAGAAGAGGUUUCCCAGCUUGAAUUUUCUUCUGAACAAAUAGCUGUAGAUAAGACCAAGAGAAUGGACGGAAUUUAUAAUUUCUCCAGUAGAAAGUUUCCAGAAGAAAAUAAAUGUAAGAGGAAGGAAUAUAUUUCCCAACUAAAUCAAAGAGAACAAGAACCAAAUUUAAGAGAGAGAGGGAUAAACAUGUCAAGGAAUGAAGCAGGCACAAAUUCUGCCUCCUGCAAAUCAUAUAAUUUUGAUGUUGUGAACAAAGAAAGUUUUAACAGAAGAGGAGAUCCCUCUACCUGGUGCAAAAAGGAAUUACCAAGUGUAUUACUGCAAGCUAGGAGGAAGAAAUUGACCAAAGGAAUGGCCCCCAAACUUAACCUGAACCUUUUGAAUGAAGAACUGGAAGAACUCAAUAUGAAAUGCAGAAAAAUAGAAGAGGAAUUUGAAAAUGCUGAAAAAGAACUUUUGAACUCUAAACUAGAAGUCUCCACAAAAUCCCUAAAUUUUCAAAAAUCGAGGACAGAUACUUUGAAAAAAGACGGGGAACUUCAAGCUUUAAAAAAUGACCUAUCUGAAAAAACAACAGAUGUUAAAAACUUAACUGAAGAGCUCCAGCAAGCCAAAGAAGUCAUCGACAAGUUGAAUCUAGAGAACCGAGAUUUAAAACAAGCUCUUAAGAAGCUAAAGCAUCAAACUGAACUAGGAAAUGUGCUCCUGAAAGAAGAAAUGAAAUUGUAUUAUGAAUUAGAAAUGGAAAAGAUUCGUGGUGAGCUCGAUGCCAUCAAGAAUGAACUGAGAGCUGAGAAGAUCCUGCAGGCAAGAAAUAACAGAGCCCUUGAGUUGCUUAGGAAACACUUCGCUUGGAUGAUCAAAUCAUCAAAUACCUUUGAUAACUUUUCUGGGGAACUUUUGUAAACUUAAAAAAAAGCCUUUCCUUAGACUAGUGAUUGAGCCAAAACAAUGUUUAUUGUACUACUUUGUGUAUUAUUCAAAAUGUAUGUAAUAGAAUAUAAUUUUCACUGAAUCAGAGUAUCUGUAAAACAUAUAGAUGUUACCUCCAAAACUUCUGUUUCCUUUUUUUUUUU